AUGGUGCAGUAUAAUUUGAAGAAAAUCACAAGGGUACCCACAGAGAAAGAUUUUGUAGACGUAGUCCUCAGUAGAACCCAAAGACAAACCCCAACAGUUGUUCACAAAGGCUAUGCAAUCAAUCACAUUAGGCAAUUUUACAUGAGAAAAGUGAAGUUCACACAAACGAAUUUUCACGAAAAGCUCUCCACCAUUGUAGACGAGUUCCCAAGACUCGAUGACAUUCAUCCUUUCUAUGGCGACCUUCUUCAUGUCCUUUACAACAAAGAUCAUUACAAACUCGCCCUUGGUCAAAUCAACACAGCAAGAAACCUCAUUGGGAAAAUAGCCAAAGAUUAUGUCAAGUUAUUGAAAUAUGGCGACUCGCUUUACAGAUGCAAAGCCUUGAAAGUUGCAGCUCUUGGUAGAAUGUGCACAGUGACAAAAAGAAUUGGGCCAAGUUUGGCUUAUCUAGAACAGAUCAGACAACACAUGGCUAGGCUUCCUUCUAUUGACCCAAACACUAGAACCAUUUUGAUUUGUGGGUAUCCGAAUGUUGGAAAGAGUUAUUUCAUCAACAAGAUUACAAGAGCAGAUGUCGAUGUACAACCUUAUGCUUUCACUACAAAGUCUCUGUUUGUUGGACAUACUGAUUAUAAGUAUUUAAGGUAUCAAGUGAUUGAUACACCAGGGAUUCUAGAUAGACCUUUUGAGGAUAGAAAUUUGAUAGAAAUGGUUAGUAUAACCGCUUUAGCACAUCUCAGAGCUGCUGUUUUGUUCUUUCUUGAUAUCUCUGGUUCUUGUGGAUACACUAUUGCGCAACAAGCUGCUCUUUUUCAUUCGAUUAAGUCGCUUUUCAUGAAUAAGCCUUUGAUAAUCGUCUGUAAUAAAACGGAUUUGCAAUCUUUGGAAGGGAUUUCGGAAGAUGAUAAGAAGUUAGUCGAAGAGAUGAAGUGA